CUGUUACCUCCUUGCUGUAACGUCCGAUGCGGAUUUCCCCUAAAUCCGUCAUCACAAUAUUUACCUUCAAAAGAACCCGAAGAGCCGUCCAUUCCUUUGCAACUUUAGCUGUCCCGCAAUCUUCUAAAAUUCAAGCAAAAUGUCAGCCCCUGCAGCAAGUCGUCAACUCAGUGCUGGUCGGGAUAUUCCAGCGAAAAGAGUAGCCGUCGACGACCCAUCGCAGCUUCCACAAGAUUACAGCACAACGCCAGGAGGCACAUUGUUUUCAACGACCCCGGGAGGAACACGCAUCAUUUACGAUCGUCACUUUUUGUUGAAUAUGAGGAAUUCUCCACUGAGCCAGACUCCUCCUAAGAACUUGCCUUCAAUUCCUGGAGUGACCUGUCCAGAAGUGACCGGUGAUAAACCUAAUGGCGAAAGCAAGGCUCCGAAGAGUAAAACAGACACUGCUGAUGAUCAGUUCCAAAUGGACAUCUGAGACGGAGGACCAACAUACAGAUGACAACUGUCUAAGAUGGCUUGUUAAGACAAAAUAAGAAAAGAUGUAUACUGCUGGUAAAAAAGAUAAAUGAUCCUGAAUUGUUUAUUUCACCAUCGCAGUUCUGUUUGUUUUGUUUACUUAAGUUCCUGAUGGGGACAAAUCUGAAUUUAUUCUAAAUAAUAUCAUAUCAAUCAUGUCCUUUCAUGUAAUAUCAAGACCUUCUCAUAAAAAAUGGAUGAAAAACAUAUAACUCCAAAGAUAAGCUAGGUAGAGUAAAAAGGUUCCAUCAAAAACUCCUGAAAAUUUUGUUAUUCAAACAAACAAGGGGCAAGAUGCUUAGUAGUUUAUUGCAGAAUGAAUAGGAAUUAUGAUACACAAAUAUAAUAUUAAUCAGUUCCCAUUUGUGUUUGUUUUUUCUUCUCUCUAUCAAUACAAAGUACAUAUAUGUUUACAACACAGAUAUUUAGGUGCAAUACAUUUUUUACAACAAAGGUGUCAUAUUUUUUUUUCAGUUCAAAUAUCUGUUUUCCAUGAAUAUUAAAGCUUAACUUUGCAAUCUUGACAGGCAAAGCCAUUAAGUAAAAAUUUUGUCUUAUAUUUUCUUAUAGUAAAUACCUCUCUUUGCAAUUUUAUUGUUCUAAAUGUGAGAUGAUGUCAAUUAUUACGAUGACCAUAUUAGGCAAACAUAUUAGCAAACCCAAAAUCCCUCUACCUUACAAGAAAAUGAUGAAUACCCCAUAACCAAUCAAAUCAGUUUUGCAUUGAAAAAAUGCGUUUCACAAUUGCACUUUGUUUUCUAGAAUUAAGUGUCCAUGUGCUUGAAUGCAAAAAGGAUCUUACAUUUUUAUUUUGUUUACUGUGCCAUGUUUUCAUUUAUUAGGAAAAGAGAUACUGAAUUAUAAAUACAUGCAUAUUCCUAUUGAGGUAUACAGACAUCUGACCACUGAGCAUUUUUUAUAUGCAGGAAUUUUUCAUGGGAAAGGAGUCCUGCAUUUGGUCUCUCGAACCAAUUUAUCGAUGUUCAUCUUGUUCCAGUGUUGUAUAUUCAAACAUCUUUUGGGAUAUUUAUUGGAGCAGCUCUAUGUCAUACUAAAAUGCUUAGCUGCUCAGUUACUCUCCUGGGAGUGGGGAUUGUGGAUACACUGUAUGUAGACAAACCAGAAUCCCCUAACAGGGCUACUCCGUUUUAAAAUGCUUUGCUGUUGUCCUGAUGUAAUAAUGAAUUUGAUGCUGUAUUCUUCAUUAUGAUCAUUAUUUUUCAAUGUCACCUUGUUAUCAUGCAGAUUAAGGCUAUUAUUAGUUAACCAGUCAUCCAUUAUUUUCAAUCAAUCUCUCCUCUUUAGCUGGUCUACAGAUUAUAGUCCAACUGGAAAUUAAAAAAGGCCCUUCACUUAGGGGUUAUUCAACUUCUUUAAAGGAGAGGAGAGAAAAUAUUGUAAAUUAUGGUAUAUCCUUGCUAUUAUAAUGGAAGUUAUAGCUAAAUUACCUCAGUAGAUUGUACAUAGAAAAGGAUUGCCUUUCCAACCAUUAUUGAUUCUUCAUUGAGCUAAAUACACUGUAGUUGGGCAUGUAAGUUUGCAUACGCAUCGUAGGAAAAUCGGACUCUACUCACCCCCCCCCCCCUUCCGUGUGAAAGUGGAAUACCAGCUAUUCUUAUAACUCUCCAAAAACGUAAUCCUUCGUCGUUUUCACCAAUCCAGCCUCAAAGCUUUUGACACAGUAUACUGUGAAGAAUGCAGUUAGCAUACACAGAUACAUGUAAUACUAGAUUGUUGCCUAAUGAUAUUUAGUAGUUAGUGCACUCAAUGUGAGAUUAAAAUGGUAUACCCACCUCACUUGGCCAGUGGAAAUAUAUGAGGCAUUUAAAGAUGUCAUCACAUGAUAAUGCUCUGUAUCACUGGCUGAUCCAGGAGUGGGGGGGCAAAGCAGGCUUGUGCCCCCCUCCCCCCCCCCCCUUUGACAGGCACAAUUAAAAUUUGUAAUGUUAAAAUGCUUUUAAAACAGAAUUGUGUCCAUUUUUUCUUUAAAUUUUUUUUCCUUGUCAAAUUUUUCCUGGGGAAAAUGUGCCCCCUCCCCCCUCUUUGGAAAAUCCUGGAUCUACCCUUGCUCUUCAGGGUAAGGGUUACGACUGAGUAGAGUCUCUUCUUUUCUUCCUUCUGACAGGGCUGGUGUAUGUAAACUGCUCUAUCCCAUUUACACGUACAUGUAUUUGCAAUGAUGUCAUACUUUCAUCAUGGGAACUGUAAAUAUUUUCAAAGUGGUGCUUUCAUACCCAUCCAAUCACAAGAAUACCUGUUGUUAUUCCGGCCUCAAAAUAUAAAGUACCUGAACAUUUAUUUCUUGUAUUCAAACCACCUGAAUCAAAUGAAUUUCCAAUAGUAAUAAGCCAGCAAUAAGACUCUUGUAUUCUCUAUACAAGGAUACCUGUUGGCUGUUUUUUCUCAGUUCGCUUCUUAAGUCCUCAUCAUUUCUUUGAACUAAAAUCCCUUCAACCUUUUUGAACUCCUUGCCAGUCUUUUGAUUAUGAAAAGUGUCUACUCAGGUAUUUUCUUCUGGGAUAAUACAAGUAUUUUGCUUCCACGUUGGUAUAUUGAAAUACCGGGUACUUUUUGAACAGGGAUUCACAUUUAAUUUUCUGUGAUUGAAUUGGUAUGAGAGCACUACAAGGCACAUCAUGCAACAAAAUUACUUCUUAGUAAUCGGUUUACCUAAAGCAUUCCUUUUUCUAAGCAGAAUUUUUGUAUUUUGACUGAAGCUGUCAUGUUUGUGACCCUUCUCAAACGAGGCAAUGGUGCUUUCUUUUUUUUUCAAUGUGAUUGGUACGGCAAUAUUUAUGCCUCCGCCCACAUAGGUUGGUGCCAGACAUUGUGUUUUCAGGGUUGUCCUGGUUUUCAUUCUUGUAAGUUACUAAAGAACAAUUUGACUGAUCAAUAUGAAUCUUGGUUCAAGCGCAUGAGUAUGACUGACAAUGAUCUGAUUAGUUUCCGGAGCAAGCAAGGUCAAACUCACAGAGGUCAUUAUAUACACUGAAAUAUCUCUUUCUUGCAAUAAAUUAAGUUUUUACUGUGUUCAGUGUUCACUCUUUACUCAUGUCACAUAUAGACCUUUAGACCAAACUGGGCAUUGUGGUGUGCGCCUAUAAUCCAAUCUAUGUGGGGAAGUUACAAAUUGAUGCAGAGGUUCAAGCACUGGUCACAUCUUUCUGAUGGUGACGUUUAAGGUCGGUCCCAGGUGUAAAUAUUCAUACAUGUAUGUAUCUGAUUGAUACAUGUCUGACAAAACUCAAAUACACACACAUCAAUCUCUUUCGGUCAGGAGACCUCAUCUUGCUUCACGGCUUCCCUUCCCUCCAUGUGUUGAAGGAGAAUUGAGGGAAAUCAGAAAACAUUUUUAAAAUUCUCCAAAACAGCAGAUUUUUAAAGUCUAAUAAUGCGCAUGUGUCAUCACCGUCUCACAGAGGCUAGUAUAGGAAUACAAGUAAAUCAGAGAAGCGCAAGCCGCAGAUCAUUUUAUGCAUGCAAGGCAAAUGCCUCAGCUUUUAACAUGGCGCCGUGAUGUCGUCAAUAAGGUCUAUUGGAGUGAUGAUUUUCUGAUCAGAUUUUGGGGUCAAAGGUGAAAUGUCAAUUUCACACUUCAUAUCACAUUGGAGGUACAAUUGUCUGAUUCGAUUAUGGGUUAACAAGGUCAAAGGUCACAUAUAUGUUUGUGAUUAUUGGAGAAAAAAAAUGAAGUCGGGCGUGGAAAAUAUUCUUGAUCUGGCAUUGGCGGAGGCAUAAAUGUUGACUUUGUGCUGUCAAGAAUCUAUGUAGUUUUUACCUAAAAAGGUUAGAAUUCGUUGAAAUACAGCAAUGUAGAGGUUGUGUAGUAAUCUCCAUUGUGAAAAUUUUUAGAUAUCUGUGCUAUAUUCCUGAACACUUUUGUUGCCUAAGAGGAGGUGUCUACUUGAUUAUCUUUCCACUAUGGCAUGCAAACUGUUACAAUGGAGAGAUAAUUGUUCACUAUUUUACAUGGAGUCAUUUUUAACGCAUUGACUAUUGGGACCGGGUGAUCCCUGUGUAGAGCUUAUGGGAAUUGCAUAAUUCAUCUCUCUUUUUUUAUUUCUCUUUUGUUUAUAUCUAGCAACCAUUAUUUUAUAUAAUACCUGACUUUAAAAAAAAAUAAGACUUGCUUCACAGGCAUUACAAACAAAAAUCUUGUCCUAGAUAUUUGACCAAUUUCAUGUUCAGGUCUGCAAAUCCCUGCUUACAUGAAUAGUUCCAACUGGUAAUGGGCAAAACUAGGCAAAGAACAUGAACUCUGCAUUAUAGUCAGGUCAUACAGAAUUUAUUUUAUUAAGAUGAAGUGAUUGAAAUCAAUUUCCUUUCCUGCGUACCCCCUUUUACCCUGACACUUGGUGAUCCCUGUAUUGGGCCAGCGGGCGAUAGUUGGUGAUAUCAUCCAUGUGUCAAACACAGCAUUAGAUGCAUAUGGUUGCCCUGCAUUUAAUAUUACAUUAUAGAUCAUGUUUGGAGGUAAAUGAAUUAGUGCAAAGUGCACCUUGUCAAAGGAAGAAUAAAAGGUCCAUUUUGCACCUCGAACAACCAUAGUAGCAUGUUUACCGCUACCCCAAACAAAGAAGCAGAGUUGCAGCUAGUCUGUGAUAACAAUAGCAUUAUCUGUAUCAAGUUGCCAGUAAUUAUGCACCUGAAAUGGUGCACGUUUGAUCUGCUUUCUGCACCAAAGUGUAAAUGCAGCAUUCUGCACCAUACAUGGUGCAGAAUGCCCCCAUAAGGUGCACAGUUAUGAUCAUGAGGGAGCUCUCGGUGCUGUUUUUCACGGGAGCUUCAUGUUUGCUCAAUUGAUAUGUUCUUUCAGAGUUUGUAGAACGUUCUUUCAGCAGAAUAAUGUGUUUCUUUGGGAUAAAUUGUUCUGUAAAAUUUUGAAUAGUUGCUGAUCAAAAUUGUCUUUUUAUCUAAUGAUUAUGUGUUUUAUGUGAAGGUUAUUUUGGGUCCAAUGCUAUCAUGUUGAUAUUCUGUCACAUGAUAUGUCACAUGGUUACAGUAAUUUGAGAGAGUAUCAAGUAGCGCUCUUCUGUACUUAUCACAAAGAUAUUACAGCCCCUCACAAUAUGAAGAAUAAUUCUGAUACAUUGAACAUGUUCUUGAUUUUCAAUUUUGUGUUUUUGCUUUCUGUAGCAUGAGAUGAACUUUGAUUCAACAUAAUCUCAUGUGGAUUAUGUGAAGGCAUUAUGCUUACCUGGGCUCUGUAAUACGAAGCUUAGCAAUUAUUUGUAGACUUUACAAUAUUUGAUUGCAAUUACAUUGGGUGAUUUCAAAUUCAGUGCUGACCUUUUUGGUGUUGGUGCUAGGUCAAAUUUUACACGAUUAUAACACCAGACAUAAAAUGAAGAUGGUCCCGAAAAGUCACUCACUAGUUGUUGAGAUGUCAAUAAAGUGAUCUGGAUUAGUUUUACAAACUCUGAAUAAGAUUUGGAGCUAGGGUUAGCAAUCCAAAGUUCAACACCAACACCUUGGGGCCAACACCGGACUUGAAAUCAACCAUUGUGCGAUCAAUCAUGAAAAUCAAUUGUACAUGAUUAUUGGCUAACCUUUUGUGUAACUGUACCCAUAUGUCUACUAGGUGUAAAGGCAUCUAUCUACCAGUGUACUUCCUCUCAAUAACCUAUUGAACCUGGGGGUGGUUUCAUAAAGCACUGUUCAUUAAGUUACGAGUGACUUCACAAAUGACUGGGGUAUGAAGUUCCAUUAAAUGAGCCUGAACUGGUGUUAUCUCACUGAUCAAUAACUGCUUUUAAUGAAGUUUGGCAGAUUUUCAGUGCACUAAUUUCACCGAGACAAAUGAUAGCUUAGCUUUAGCACUUACAAAGUCAUUUAACUCAGUUUAUAGUAUAAAAGUGACAUACCCAGCAUAUUUCAAAUUUAGCAAAAGUUAUCAGAAGUGGUAAACUUGCUACAACCCACUUGGCAUGUCAUACUCUAGUUAUUAUUAAAGUUACAGCUAUAUGAAACACCCCCCCCCCCCCCCCGCUGAUCUCAUUUAUACUUAUUAUUUAAUAGUCAUAUCAUAUGUGUACUUGUAAGCAAUAGGAGUUGUUAUUGAUUGCAAACUGAACCUAGCAAAAACGGCUUUUUAACUUUAUAGUACUGUUAUUACUUGCUCUGCACUAUAUUGUUUUUCUAGAUAUGCUGCUAGCUACAGUAUACUACAUGAAGGAUGCUGGAAAGUGUUUUAAUUUGAAUAUCAAACGAAUGAAGGUGAAAAAACUGAGACGGGUUAAUUGUGUGAUAGGAUUGAUAAGACACGCUCUGUCGCUGUGAUCAACGUAUAUGGGUCAGAGCAUAUAAUACUGUAAUUGCAAUGCCAUUAAGAUAUUGACACUGGUUUUUAAUGAGAAAUGAUAUAUGUCUUUUUUUUGUUUGCAUGUAUCUUUUUUCUGGAACCAGACAAUGUAGUCGCGCGCAUAUACUUGAUGAGAUUCUUGACCACUUUUGAUCCCUAGAGUGGACAAGAUAUUCACAUCCCAGCAGCUAUGGUAAUUGUAUGUUGAUAUCCAUGUAUCCAGUUCUUUGCCCUACAAAGACAAUGAAACAUGUAAAACAGUUCCUUUGAAAGUAAAACCUUAGGUAUAUCCAUUUCAAAUGGAUGAGGACCCUGAAGACUGAGAAUUGUGAAACCAUAUUUCAAUUACAAAUUUUCAACCCCAUUCUUUGUCCAUUUCUUGUUAAACAUUCAUAAUUUAUUUUGAAUAUAGAACUCUAUUAUGAAUUCAUUGAAGAAAAACUGUAUGGAAAGAGUUAUUAUAAUGACAAUGUGAUAUUAUGUGUUUCUGAACCUCACUAAGGCCACCUAUGGCGUUCCUUCUUAUAGAAAGGGAAAUAAAAUGACUACCUGUG